AUGCGGACCAGCCUCGAUACCGUGUUCGUCGCGGGCGACACCGCCGGCUUCCACGACGGAAUGAUCCUGGACCCCGAGAUUGCACGGAAUCAAGGUCGUCUGGCCGGAGUUGCCGCUGCCGAGUCGCUGGGUGCUAUCGACACCGCGAAGGCCCUCGCCCUGAGGUCUGACAUCCAGGCCGGGGCCGUCACCGCAACAUCGACUGAGGUACACACGGGCUGGAAAAAAUGGCUUCAGUCCCUUAUCAACGCCGGCGGGCCGGAUGUCUUCGCUGCCAGUGCGAGGAGGUUACCAGUGCUGAGCUCAUAG